AGAAUGUGUUAUUGAAGACUUUGGUGCUGUUCAUGUUAUGCCAACUCACCACCCAAUCAAGUGGAGUCACAAAGUUGGAUCUGGGCUUCAGGGAUAUCACAAAACUAACAAAGGGGAUGUUCAUACAAUAUUCAAAUCUAGAAGUUCUUAACUUGCGAUUUAAUAAAAUAGCUGAAAUUGAAGAUGGCACAUUUGCUGGUUUAGAAUCGCUUGAAGAACUAUAUUUGUAUGGCAAUCGCAUAAAAGUGUUACCAAAUGACAUAUUCAGUAAUAUGUCAUCCCUAAGAGAUCUUUGGCUAAAUCACAAUGACCUAGUAGAAUUACCAAGUGGAAUUUUUAAAGACUUGAAAUCACUGACAUGGCUAAGCCUUGAGUACAAUGACCUGAACAAUUUAACAGUUGGUAUAUUCAGAAUCUUGAUGUCACUUAAAGUACUUGACCUCGAUCAUAAUGCACUGACAUCAUUACCAAAUGGCAUAUUCAGUAAUUUGACAUUACUGAGACAUCUUCAGCUUUUUGGUAAUAACUUAACAUAUUUAGAAGAAGGAACAUUCAGUGACUUGACUUCACUAAAAUGGCUUGACCUCGAAGAAAAUUCCCUAACAAUAUUACCAGAAGGCAUAUUUUCUAACUUAGAAUCUCUGAAAUAUCUUUUCCUGAGUAACAAUAAGUUAACAGCCUUACCAGUUGGUAUCUUUGGUUCACUGAAAUCACUUCAGCUUCUAAACUUGAAUAAUAAUGAAUUGACGAUGUUACCGAAUGGCAUAUUCAAGAAUCUUGCAUCUCUGACUCUUCUCCACCUCCAAAAUAAUAGCCUUCAAUAUAUCCCUGUUGAAAUCUGCAAUUAUAUUGAUUAUAUGCCAAGUUUGUUUGAAGUAUACUUGCAUGGAAAUAAGAUAAAUAGAUAUCCACCCAAGUACAUGGAAAACAUCAAAAUACAUGAAAGUGAUACCUGUAUGAUUAUAGCAAACCCAAUAACCACAACAACAACAGAAAUGCCAACAUCAACAACAUCAAAACCAAGAACAAAAAUAGUAGAAGGAUCAACCCAAACAACAAAACGAUUUGACUUCUCAACGCAACCAUCUGUCCUAACAUCACAACCACUUGAUCAAGCAACAAAACAACCUGACCAAACAACAAAACAACCUGAUAAAACAACUGACCAAACAACAAAACAAUCUGACCGAUCAACACAACCAUCUGACCAAACAAGAAAACAAUCUGACCAAAUAAAAGAAAGAUCAGACAAAGCAAAUGCCUUAUCUGAGCAACAUCAUAAAGAUCAUGCCUUGAUUAUAGGUUUGGUAUGUGGAAUAUCAGGUUUAAUCCUGUUUGUUAUGAAAGUUGCAUCAUUCUUCAUAUACAAAAAAAUAUCAAAACAACAUGGAUCACCAGAUAUUGUAACAAACGAGGCACCCUAUCAUGAAACAGAAUCACACAUAUGAAACAAUAAAACAAUCCGACCAAACCACAAAACAAUCCAACCAAACAACAAAACAACCAGACCAAACAACAAAACAAUCUGACUGAUCAACACAACCAUACAAUCCAACAAAACAACUAGACCAAACAACAAAAUAACCAAACCAAACAACAAAACAAUCUGACAUAACAAUAAAACAAUUAUGAAACAGAAUCAUACAUAUAAGUGACUCAACCCACAGGGGUUUAAAUUAAGCGCUUAUCGAGUCGAGGCUUGCUCUAUUGACUUCUUUUUUUGUCAAGGCGAAUUCCUGUGGACUUAAACCAAUGAUAAAUCUCAUCCUAUGAGUGCAACAUGACAUAAUAAUAUGACUAAAGGCUGGUUUGUUUGUGUUUGCCAAACAUUGAUCAAACAAGACUUACACCGUACAUUGUACAUUGAUAAGUUCUUAUUACAAUUUUUGUAAACUUUGCCAUAUAUAACAUACCAAUCUACAUAAUCUAUUAGUAACACUGGCACAUGUAAAUGUUUUUGAAUACUCAUAUGCAUAAAUGUCUAUUGUGUAAAAUUAAUCUGAAUGUCAAAUAUAUACUAAUUUAUAUAAUUUUUAGUAUCUUUUGG